CAAUGAAUAAAAGAAGAAGACUUAUCAGCUAUGCUAUACUCAUACUGUACAGUAGGUGGCAGUAGAACCCAUAAGCAGUGGUUGGCAAAUUAACAAGAAGAAGACCAUCGAAUCCAAAAUGGCGACUCCCAUGCAUAGAUUGAUCGCUCGGAGACAAGCAGAGGCAAACAAACAAGGUGUUCGUUGUCAGAAAUGUCUAGAAUAUGGUCACUGGUCUUACGAGUGCAAAGGGAAAAGAAAAUAUCUCUAUCGGCCAUCCAGGACAGCUGAGAUGAAAAAGAAGCUGAAAGACACCGAAAGCAAAGCUUUAGAUGAAACUGGACCUGGAAUAGUACAACAAAGUGAGAAAAAGACAAAGAAAAAAAGGUCCUCCUCCAGCUCCGGCAGUAGCAGUGAUUCUUCAAGCUCUUCUAGCGAUUCUUCCUCAGACAGCAGUGAUUCCUCCAGCUCCUCAUCCUCAUCUGAAGACAGCAGCAGUGACAGUGAAGACAGUUCCAGCUCAUCUUCUUCUUCAUCCUCUUCUGACUCCGAUUCAGAUUCCUCAAGCAGUUCUGACCAAGGUCCACCAAAAAAAAGAAAGAAGAAGAAAUGAAGGCCAUGUUCAUCUCAUUUAAACAGAAUUCAUAUUGAUACAUUGACAGUAAUACAACAUCCUGGUUAAAUGACUCCAACAAAUACCCCAACAAAGUGUUUACUCAGUCUCUAACACCUUUAUUCAUACGGUCACAGUGGACGCUUUCUUUCGCUACUUUUUGUAAUAUUUUCCACAAGGGGAAGUGAUGCAUGUAUUUAAAGAAAUUGAGGCAAAUGUUGGUUUUUGUAGAAUUGUAAAUUCACAUCCAUGGUUUAAAUUAUACUACAGUUAAUCAUUUUGGUUCUUUUUUGAUUUUCUGUGCAUUUUUUUGUUACAUAUGGAUUGUGAUGCACAAAGUUGGGGCAGUGUUUUAAGAACUAUGUUCUGCUGAAAUAAAUAGUUUUUAAAGAUAGAAA